AUGUCUGAGAGUUAUACUGCCGAUAUCACUGUGGAGAAAGGAUGGACCUGGAAUGACAUGGAUGUGAUAUCCCUCAAAAGGGACCUCCUCCGGAUGAGAAAAGUCUUCGACAACGCUAUUGAGAGCCUGGAUAUCUCCAUCCCCGUCAUCGACUACAAGGAGCGCGAGGGGCUCUUAGAUCUCUGUGUCCACAUCCAAUCAUGGCCAUCGAUACUUGAGACCGUAACUAAGGCCGGCGAGAGCCAAAACUUGAAAAUAUGGGAGAGAAGAUACAAUUAUACUUUGCCUACGGCUGAUUUGAAUAAGGCGUAUAGGAUGACAAGAUCAUCGGCAGACGCGCUGAUGCAGAAGAUAUUACUGGAUUUGGAUGUAUACUCCAAAUCAAAUCGUCCAACUCACGAUCAUCUGGAUUUACUUAUGGCAUGUUUUGGACCGGGCAAGGGGAUAGAACACUAUUCUUCCUAUAUGUGGACGUGGUGGGUAAAUAAUCCGGUAUCUUAG